ACCCACCCACCUACCCAUCCAUUCAUCCAUCCCUCCACCCCGGCUGCGGGGACCCAGCGGGGCAGCAAGGUGCGGAGCGAGUCCUGGAGCAGGCUGCAGGGAUCAUGCCGCGGGGGCUACGCCUCGGCAUCGCUUUCUCCUCGCCCUCCAUGGAGCCCAGACCUUCUCUACAAUGACUUUCCCUGAGCUGAGCAAUGGCAGCUUGAGUGGGAACCGGACGGGACAGGGUGGCCAGAGCGGUGCCAACCGGUCCUGGGGGCUGCAAGGUGAGGAGACCCCCCAAGGCAACGGCACCACGCUGACUUUCGCCUUGGAUGUGCAGGCGGUGGGCGUUGGGGUCUUCCUGGCCGUCUUCAUCCUCUCGGCCAUCGUGGGGAACAUCCUCGUCAUCCUCUCGGUGGCUUGCAACCGGCACCUGCAGACAGUCACCAACUACUUCAUUGUCAACCUGGCCAUUGCCGACCUGCUGCUCAGCACCACCGUGCUGCCCUUCUCGGCCACCUUGGAGGUGCUAGGCUUCUGGGUGUUUGGGCGCAUCUUCUGCAACAUCUGGGCAGCGGUGGACGUGCUGUGCUGCUCUGCCUCCAUCAUGAGCCUGUGCAUCAUCUCUGUGGACAGGUACAUUGGUGUCAAGUACUCCCUUAAGUACCCCACAAUCAUGACUGAGAGGAAGGCGGGGGUCAUCCUCGUGGUGGUCUGGCUCUCCUCCAUGGUCAUCUCCAUUGGGCCACUGCUGGGAUGGAAGGAGCCACCACCGCCAGAUGAGAGCAUCUGUAGCAUCACAGAAGAGCCGGGCUAUGCCCUGUUUUCCUCCCUCUUCUCCUUCUACCUGCCCCUCAUGGUCAUCCUGGUGAUGUACUUCAGGAUCUACGUGGUGGCCAGGCGCACCACACGGAGCUUGGAAGCAGGGGUCAAGAAGGAGAGGAAUAAAUCCAUGGAGGUGGUACUGCGCAUCCACUGCCGCAGCGUAAUGGAGGAGCCUCUCUCCAGCACUAGGAGCAAGGGGCACAACUUCAGGAGCUCCCUCUCUGUGCGACUCCUCAAGUUCUCCCGUGAGAAAAAAGCAGCCAAGACUCUCGCCAUCGUCGUGGGUGUUUUCAUCCUCUGCUGGUUCCCCUUCUUCUUCAUCCUGCCUUUUGGUUCUUUCUUCCCAUCUCUGAAGCCCUCUGAAAUUGUCUUCAAGAUCAUCUUCUGGCUGGGAUACUUCAACAGCUGCGUGAACCCCAUCAUCUACCCCUGCUCCAGCAAAGAGUUCAAGCGAGCUUUCAUCAGGCUGCUCAAGUGCCAAUGCCACCACAGAAGACGGCCCAUUUGGCGUGUCUAUGACCACCACUGGCGAGGAGCCUCCAUGAACAGCUCGGUGCAAGACUCUGAGACAGACCUGAGACCCAGGAUUAACACCCUGAACAGCUCGUUCAUAUUUAACUCCUCCUUGCAGGAGAGAGCCAGUAAGAGGCGAACACUCAGCUUCAAGGGCUGGAAAAUGCUCACUCCGUUCCAGAAACCAGCAUCCACCCAGCUGAAGGAGAAGAUGAACAGCCUUUCUAACAAAAUCCGGGGUGGCUCCAGCAAAGGGGGGGUGACAGCCACCUACAAAACCGAGGUGGAGUCUGUCUCUAUUGGGAUCCCUCAUGACUUCACAGAAACCAUUGACUAUCAAACCUAUGACUUAACAGACUGCUGCGGGCUGAGGGAAACAGAUAUUUGAAGCCACUGGGACAGCUGUCCAUGGUUUCUUUAGAGGUAUCUAGCAGAAGCGUGAAGGGGUAUCAUCUGUGGGUCUGUCAGGCAGACUGGAAGCAGCAAUCAGGUAUAAAAUGCAGUUGCCCAAAGGUUAUACAAGCAUCCCCUACGCAGAGCUCAGCCCCUUCUGUGGGAUGAUGGGUUCCUCAAACAAAAGCCAAUAGCAUAUCCCAUUUCAAUAAGCCACAGCAGGAGGGGAAGAUGUGGGGUGGAUAUGGCCUUAGGACAAGAGCUGUUUCCUCCAAUGGAUGAUUAUCUUUGGCUCUGGAAGAAGCUGUGCAAUUAAGGGAAAUCAGGAUGUCUCCUUUGCCUUAAAAACACCACCAUAAAAUCUAAUGGAAAGAUCAAACCCCAAAAGAUGCCAACCCUGCCUUAGUACGUGUGAUCACGUUUCCAUCCAGAGGCACCACCCAGAAAGGACAGUGCUGAGCUGUAGCUAGCUCUGAUCCUUUAGAUAAUGGGUUGGGAGCUUGCAGGUCUGCAAGGACAGGACCUCCAGACAGGACCUCCAGCAAAGGCAUUUAUUUUGGAGGGCAAGCAGACUGUCGUGUUCCCAAGCAGGGUGGGGGGAUCUUGGCUCUCAGUCAUCACGUCUGCAGCAACCACAGCUUUACCCCUUCCGCAUAACCUGGGUUUAGGCCAGAGGAGCAGUCCAGAUGCAUACACUGAUGCCAGCAGGUGUGCAGGUCUCUCUUUCUAAUUCCAACUCCUGAUACAUUUCUCAUUUCACUUUCUGGUGAAACACUUGCAGCCCACCUUGCUCUAGUGCACAUUCCUCUGUGAUACAGAAAGAAAGCGGCUGCUUUUGGUGUCAGUCAUUCCCAGCCUUUUCUGUCCCCUUCUUGCUCUUUUUGUUGUCUCGCUCAAACACCACGGAAUAAAGACACAUCCCAGGGGCUUCGCUCAGGCCCAUGUCAGCCUGCCCUGUGGCUCAGGAAAGGUCGAUUGCUGAGUUUGGGGUCUGUUCCUAUUACCCGUAGAGUCAAAGCUAAACUGGAGCUGACAUGCAGUUGAAGUUCCCUCAUGUAGACGGAUCUUCUCCUCAUCCAGGGGCACACCCGUGACUCUUCUCCCAAGUGGCUUCUCAUAUACCUGGUACAUCGAAGCCUUUGGUGGCUAUCAACAAUUGCCCUUGGUUAUAUCCGCUAGCAUGGUCAAAAGAAAUGCCAAUAAGGGGUUUUUUUGCCCUGCUCACAGCCCCAGAGCAUGAUGUCCCACAGAAGUGCACUGUGGCCUCCUCCAGACACCUCAGGGAGGUGGGAGCCAUGACCUGCCUCAGCCAGGCUCACACAAAUCAUGCUUUGCAACUCAGAAAAUGGUCACCCAAACUCUACUUGGCCAUGUACUGCAGGCACUGGUUUUAUCAACUUUCACACAGGCAAUAAGCUACAAAAAGCUGUCAUCAGAUUAAGCUGUGAGAAGGGGCAGAACACACGUAGGUGGGGAGGCAAAGUCUGGAUCUGAGGUGCAGUGUCUCAAGCCAGGUGACUAAAGAAUAGGAACAUGAAGUCAAGAGGUGGAAACAUGGCACUCAGUGUGUCCUGGAUGGAAACCCAUCCACUUCAGCACUCUAUCCCUCAAACCCAUUGGGAGUCUUUCAUGAAUGAGCCUACAGCACAUCUAGCUAAUCUUCUUAAGGGUGGCUACCAAAGGAAAAUGAAAGGCUCCUAGGCAGAGCAAAGAGAACGCCACCUUUCUUUCUGAUGUCCAUUUGCUUUAAAGGAAAUCAAAACAGAGGAAAAGGUUUUUUUUUUACUUUUUCAUACUGUGCAUACUGGGACGUGAUAUCUGAAGUUGGCCCUGUCUCAACACCCUUAACAACAUUCUGCCCUUUACUCCAUGCAAGACUCCAAACUGGAUGAAUUACUGCACAAAGACCUGCAGAUUUUAUCCAAAUAUUUUCCUGCCAGCAGCAAAUGGCACCAAGGCACACGGGCAGCAUUGCACCUGCACCAAACCCAGACUCAUUACUGUCUGCAUGUUAGCCAGCAUCUGCAAAAUCAGCCAGAGGUUGCUAGGUUAAGAAGUUCAAAGCAAGGACCCAAUACCCCAUGAGAACCUCUGUGUGGAAAUGCAUCUUUUUUCCCCCCAUUUCUUUGGCCUUCAAGGAAAGUGAGUCCCUACAGUGAUAACAGGGUGACACAGAAAGACAUUUUGCAGCCUAAGGUCUGCAGCUGCCACGAGUUUCCUGGGCUUUUGGGGGAUCCUAAUGGGAGAGUACACUGCUGGCACUGGGGACAUAGCAGAGAAGGUAUCAGGGAGAGGGUGAUUGCUGAAGAGCAGAGAUGUUUGGAAGGUCAAAGUGAAAGCAUUAUCCCUCCUGCCUUCCAUCACCUCUCGGGAUCCACGUGCACACAUGCCACUGUUGGAGGGAGAAAAUGCACCCAGAUCUGCAUUGUUGGACCCUGUUUGGGUGACACUGUCUUACAGGUCUAACCCGUGCAAGUGUAUAAUGUAAGCAAUUUGCGGGCACAGUUUAGAAUGAGCUGAUAGAGAAAUCAUCAGAAGUGAAAGUCUAGUCAAGGAGGAAGAUGGACAUCCGCUAUUAAGUGCUUUCUGAUGCUCAGGAGCAGAUUUAUUUGGUGUCUUUCCACAGCCAGGCACCCACAGACACAGUAAUGUGCACCCGUGACCAUACAAUUACGCAUACACACUUUACUAUACUUAUAUAUGUGCGUCAUCCCCAAAAUAGCAGACAUCCUCCUAUAAUGGGCAGACAUUCUCCCAGAAAUGGAGACUUUGCAGGGGCUUUUAGCAAUUGCUGACAUUCCCAUGAAUGAGUUGACAUUAUUGCUUUUGCUUCUCCCUGAUGUUUUAAAUAUACUUUUUCCUUUUCUUUUUUUUUUUCCAAUUUUGAAAUACUUAUAUUUACAGCCUCUAGCCCCUUGACAGCACCCAGAAGGGAAAGAUGGAUUAGUCUGGAUGUUUCCUGCUUCUCCAUCCCAAUUCUUAACAGGCCUACAAGGGAGAAAAUAAGGAUAAAGUCGGUUUAAGCACACAUAUGCAUACACACACAUAAAUGCCUCAGCUCUGGCUCUUUUACUUACUGCAUUUGAUCUGGCCCCAAGAAAUACCCUAGACGGUGCUGUAGGUGACUCUGGAGCUCUGCUGUGUUGCAUUCAGGCAAAAUACUGGUUUCCCACCUAAUCCAGAGCCCCCUUUCAUUUAGUAUUUUCGUCAGAAGCAGCAAUGUCUCUGGACUCUGAGGCUGUUCAUGUGGAACUUGAUGUAGAGUAGACAAAGAUGCCUUUGCUGGCAGGGAAGAAGGACAAUGUAUGAAAUAUGACCCGAGUAUCUAAAAUUCUGCAUUUCUUUUUGAUUCCCUUAACCUCCAAGGUCUCCCAGGUUUGGAAAAAGGGGCUCAAACUUUCAGGAGGUGAAUUUGGUCUGAUCCCACUGACUCCCCUGGCCCCACAAGGGUAUAAGUAGCUGAGGGUAUGGCCCUGUUUCUCCAAAUCUGCCAAGCAGGCCAUUUCCCAGCACACCUCUACCUUGGUCACCCAGCAGCUCUCACCUCAAUGCACUGGCUUCAUGUCACUGUUGCAUCGUCAGACCUCACUGCUUCAACAAACUGAGUGCUGAAGAUGGUGAACAGCCGCUUUUAACGUCUGUAGACUCUCACGAGUCCUAUUUAAGGGAGAAGGAAGGUCUGUCAGCCUGAGCUGGACUGCCGUUGGGUUGCAUUACUAUUGUUUACAGUGUGUAUAUAAGUGUACAUUUUCUUUAGCAGACAUUGGAAUUUUUUAUGUAUAGAUUUUUAUUUUUCAUCCCCAGAUGUAUUUAUUAGCCAGAGUAUUUCUGUUUUGUGAUUCAAGUUCUGUCAGAUUGAUGUAAGCUCUAUGAAACAGAAUGCACAUAUUUUUGUUUCUUUGUACCAAAUACAUGCACAAACCUGUCUAAAACGCC